CAAGGUCAAGUUUAUGAACCUUUGGGAAAUGCGUGGCGCAUGCCUCAGACAGAGUUGAAUAAGUCCCAGAGAAUUUACUCUUUAUCCUUUAUUCAGGCUCAUAUGGCAUUCGGUAGUAUCGACGUGCCAUCGGUAGUGGAUCAACGUGAUUUGGAGCUGUUCUGCUUGCUGGAUCGCCAGCAUAGUCAGUGUGUAGAUGAAUGUGGCUAUACGGUACAGUUCAAUCUAAGGGAAUUUGUUUGCAAGAAACGUUUCAAGGAGAUGGCCAGCCACCUUCCCUGCUACGCUCGAGCAGCUCCCAUCCUUUCGCGACAUUGCCGUUCCAGAUGUGGCGAUUACACCCCACUGCAGCAUACUCCACUGGGAUAUGCGCAAAGAUGUCGUCAAUUGCUCUGUGAUCAUGCCUGUACCAACUUUGUACUGGAAAAAGUCUGUCCACCUGGUGAAGGUAAAAGUGCAGCAAAAUUUCUACUCGAAUUCACUCGGAUGCAGGUCGAUUACUGGGUGAAGGACUAUGUUCUGACACAUAAUAUUUCACUAAACGAAGCCUAUCCGGCCUCAUGUGCUCGACUACGAUGUGACAACUUUACCAGCAAGAAUUGUCUUCGUCGGAGACGAGUUCGAGGAGGAUGA